CACGGCAACACCUUUGAACAAGUCACAUACAACUAGUUACCUUAAACAUUCAGACACAUCAAUCAACCUUUAAAUCCCACACUAGUGCCGAUAACUCAGGCACUGCACGUGUUACCCCAUUUCUCACCCUCUUAAAUUCCAUCACUAUUUCCUCUCAAAAUCCAAACUCUCUAUAUUCUCCAUCAAUCACCAUAGCUGCAAUGGCUAACACUGCUUCUGUGGCACCAACACCACUACUGAAAGAUGAGCUUGACAUUGUCAUCCCCACCAUAAGGAACCUUGAUUUCCUUGAAAUGUGGAGGCCAUUCUUUGAGCCUUACCAUUUGAUCAUUGUUCAGGAUGGUGACCCUUCCAAAACCAUUCAGGUUCCUCCAGGUUUUGAUUAUGAGCUGUAUAACCGCAAUGACAUUAACAAGCUUCUGGGUCCAAGAGCCUCUUGCAUUUCAUUCAAGGACUCUGCUUGCCGCUGCUUUGGCUACAUGGUGUCUAAGAAGAAGUAUAUCUUCACCAUUGAUGAUGACUGUUUUGUUGCCAAUGACCCAUCUGGAAAAUCGAUUAAUGCACUUGAGCAGCAUAUUAAGAACCUUCUUUGUCCUGCCACUCCCUACUUUUUCAAUACCCUCUAUGAUCCCUUCAGAGAAGGUGCAGAUUAUGUUCGUGGAUACCCUUUUAGUCUUCGUGAAGGUGCACCAACUGCUAUUUCUCAUGGACUCUGGCUCAACAUCCCAGACUAUGAUGCUCCUACACAGCUUGUGAAGCCUCUGGAGAGGAACACUAGGUAUGUGGAUGCUGUUCUGACCAUACCAAAAGGCACUUUAUUUCCAAUGUGUGGAAUGAAUUUGGCAUUCGAUCGUGAUCUGAUUGGACCAGCAAUGUACUUCGGUCUCAUGGGAGAUGGUCAGCCAAUUGGACGCUAUGAUGAUAUGUGGGCUGGGUGGUGCUGCAAGGUGAUCUGUGAUCAUAUGGGGCUUGGAAUCAAGACUGGUCUUCCCUAUAUCUAUCACAGCAAGGCAAGUAACCCAUUUGUAAACCUGAGGAAAGAGUACAAAGGCAUUUUCUGGCAGGAAGACAUCAUCCCAUUCUUCCAGAGUGUUGUUCUUCCAAAAGAAUGCACCACUGUUCAAAAGUGCUACAUUGAGCUCUCUAAGCAAGUCAAGGAAAAGCUUUCAAAGAUAGAUCCUUACUUUGACAAGCUUGCAGAUGCCAUGGUCACUUGGAUUGAAGCUUGGGAUCAGCUUAACCCUGCUGGAGCAUCUGAGGCCAAUGACAAAGCCUAAAUCAAUCUUGGUUAACAGCAAACACAGCACUGAACUUAUUUAUAUAUUAUACUUUUCUCAAGUUUUCUGGUCAAAUUUCUUUUCAACUCACCUUUAGUGUCACUUGAAAUUUGCAGCAUUGGUAACUGCAAUUCUAUUUUGAACUUGAUGCUUUGAGCUUAGAAAAAAUAAAGUACAAUGGUGUCGGUCGUUGUUGCCUUGUGAUUCUUGUUCGAUGAGUAGAGAUCACUGCAGGACCUUGUCAUUUGGAAGCACUGAGUUUUAUGUGUAGCAUGUGUUAUAGAAAGAAUAUUAAUGUAUGGUUCAUUUGCUAUUGAGUAAUGAUCAAUUGUAAUCGAAUUUGUACUGAUGUUUAAUUUGA